AUGUUUAGAUCAAAGAAAAGUGUUAUAGUUUUAUUGAUAUUUGCCUAUAUCCAUUAUUCUCUUCAGGAUAUAUCGCAUUUUUUUGCUCAAGCUCCAGAAUUUGGUUAUUUUCAACAUCAUCAUCAUCAUUUAGCACCACAACACGGGCAUAUACCUGUAGGUUUUCAAUCGGGCAUAUCAGCACUUUAUGGACCUCCUUCUAAUGGUGCGGAUUUAUCAGGACUUUAUCCAAAUCCUAUAGGGCCUUCGUCAGAAGUGGUGACACCUGCUCCUGUGGCUCCUAUUACUACAAGCACUGAAUCUCUGUUGCCUGAAAUAGUUGAGAAUCGCAGUGCGAAAGAUCGCAGAAAUUUCAUACCCUUACUAAAACAAUAUCUACCUCCCGCACCACCAGUGGCUGAUGAAAGACCUAAUUAUGAAAGUCCACAACAGGGCAACCAACAAUAUGAUCCCUUCAAUGGUGGCUAUAUCUAUCAGAAACCUACCACGACUAGCACAACCACUCCCAGACCUGCUCAAGCUAUAGUAGUUGUUGAUCCACCAGAAUUCUUGCCACCCAUUAAUAAUGAUCCCAUUAUACUGCCACCCAUUAAUAAUGACCCCUUUGAACAAGCACCAUCACCCGCUCAGGGUUACGAUUAUCCUAGACCUUCUAACCCCUCUAUAGUAGCAGCCGAUACACCAUUUCAGGAAAUCUCUUCUACACCUGCUCCCGCUUACUUACCGCCCUCAAAUGGUCAGCAACCAUUAUCGGUUGUUCAAAGUUCAGACAAUGCUAUGUCUUUGCGUUUACGAGUCCAUGAAAUGCGCUGUUUGCAACAGAAACCCCAAGCGAAUGGUUAUUUUAGGGCGGUUUUAAAAAUCGAUAAUUUCUUAAGUGCCACGCCUACUGUAGAUAAUGAUUCCAGUGAUAAACGUUGUGAAUUAAAGUUACAGAAAAGUUAUGUUGUGGUAGAUAUAGCGGGUGAAGAUUUUCAACGUUGUGGUGUUCAGCAGUGUGGCUCAGAUUUAUGUUUGCGUUUACGUUUCCCGGCGAUAAGGGGCAUGCGCACAGGUUCGGAUAGUAUAUUGACUUUACAUUGUAAAUCUCAGAGUAGAGUAGCGGUUAAGACACAUGCCCUUAAAAUGGGUGUGGCUAAUGAUGUACAAGCACGCAGUAUUGGCACUUAUGCCAAGGGCGGUACCCAAAAUUCUUUCCGUACUCAUGUGGAAUUACUUAGGAAGUCACCUCAGGGUUAUGCUAGACAUUUGCAAGCCAAUGAGGCUGUUCAACUGGGAGAGGAUUUACUUUUAAGGGCUCAUGUCCUAACCGGAGAUGGUUGGAAUUAUACCAAACUUUCGGAUGUUAGUUUACAAAGAAUAUCCCCCUCUGGAGAAAUACUCAACAAUGUGCAAUUGAUUACUUCCCAGGGCUGUCUUAAUCCCUCGAUGAAGGGUAUUUGCACUCAAACUCCCUCUUUCGAUGCUCCACUCGGUUAUAAACUUCCUUUUAAGGCAGUAAUGUUCCAGGGCAUGAGAAGUGGUGAUGAAUUGAUUAUGUCAAUGCGCAUCACUGGCUGUCUGGAGCAACAAGAUUGUUAUGUAAAUACCGAGCAAUGCCACAACUUUAAUACUUCCAAUUUAAAGCGACGCAAACGGGAUAUGUUGAAUUCCACGCCUCAUAAUAAUACAGAAAUAUCGGAAAUAUCAAAAAUAUCUUUUAGAGUUAUUAUGCCGGGAGAGGAAUCAUCUGUUCAAGACUAUACCCCUGAAAGUUUAAAAGCUCAAUCGAAAUCCUUGAUUCUAUUUGGUUCUUUAGGUUUUAUAGCUCUGUUAAUAUGUCUGGGCAUUUUUGCUUUAUUCAAAUCCAAAAAAUAUUAACUUAAACAUUCAAAAUUAUUGAUCGAUUCCAAACGAUCCUUAAAUAUAUUUUUAUUUUCUAUUUCUUUCUAAU